AUGCAAGAGGAAGGCCUCAACAUCUCACCCACCGGCUCCUACCCCUGGGGCCAGAGAGAUUUGGACAUGGCCAGGGAACCCAAGCCAAGCCGGGCCAGGCUGGGCCAGAAGCGGCAGCACAGCAGCAGCCUGUACCACAGUAACUGCGACCUGGACUAUGAUCUCUACAGGGACGACUUCCCGUACCGGGUAUACGAGUACCAGAAGAUCCCCCCCCUCAUUAACCGCAUCCCGGUCAAGGCCAGACGAACUCAUGUGGGAACAGGAAGCAAAAGCAGCCUGAGCCCCCAGCCCGGGGCAAGGAGCAGCACCAGCUCCACGGCAGGACGGACAAAGUUGCGGGCCGAAGAGCUGCACUCCAUCAAGGGAGAGCUGAGCCAGAUCAAGGCGCAGGUGGACAGUCUGCUGGAGAGCCUGGACCGCAUGGACCAGCGGAGAGAGCGUCUUGCGGGGUCCAAGGAGAGUGAGAAGAAGAGGGUAGAGACAGGGGCAGAGUCGCCGUCCCCAGCAGGAGAGGGGUCACGGGAGCCCCGGGGGAAGGAGGGGAUGGGAGCUGACGGGCACAGCGACCUGCGCAACAUUGACAGCACAGAGGAGAGCACAGACACGGAGGAGACGGUGAAAAACCACAUGUCGGACCCCGAGGGGAGCCAGUAG